GACAUCAGCAGCUCCAUGACCAACAGUACAGCUGCCAGCCGGCCCCCGGUCACCCUCCGGCUCGUGGUACCCGCCAGCCAGUGCGGUUCCCUCAUUGGAAAAGGUGGUUGCAAGAUCAAAGAGAUACGAGAGAGCACAGGGGCACAGGUCCAGGUGGCAGGAGACAUGCUGCCCAACUCGACCGAGCGAGCCAUCACCAUCGCUGGGAUCCCACAGUCCAUCAUCGAGUGCGUCAAACAGAUCUGCGUCGUCAUGCUUGAGUCUCCCCCGAAGGGCGUCACCAUCCCGUACCGACCCAAGCCAUCCAGCUCUCCCGUCAUCUUUGCAGGCGGUCAG